AAGAAUGAAGGUGUCAUCCAUAUACCGGCAACAAAAUGAUAGGUACAUGAGGAGGGGAAAACAUCGUUUUUCAAAACUUGUUACAUAUUAUGUAGUUGACCAUGACCAAAAUCGAGGGGUUGUUCAAAUUUCUUUGGAACACACACAGGUUUGGCUUGUUCAGGGUUAAUUCCGAUUGCCUCUGCUGUAUGUAUGUACGUGAAAUUCGUACUCUUAGAGAAUGAGGUGAGAGGCUGGGUGAAAUACGAUUGAUAAAUAACUUUGUAAGCUUAAUAAGAGUCGACUUGAUGUCCAGUCAGUAUCGACGAUAUGAACUGGUACUGAGCUGCGUAUAGUAGGUUUAUUCCGCACUUUGCCAAAUCCAGAGAUGUGUUCACCAGUCUCCCCAAUAGUCGCCGACCUUUUCAUGAAUAAAUUCGAAAAUAACAUCUUUUCAAGCAUACUCACUCCUAAAAUAUGGUUAAGAUAUGUGUAUGAUACUUUUGUAGUACUAAAACGAGAUCUACACUAUUCAUUUCUGGAGAAAAUAAACAGUGUAUCUCCCAGAAUCCAGUUCACUUCGGAAGCAGAAUCAGACGUCGGUGAACUACCAUUUCUAGACUGCCUAGUUAAGAGAAAGGAAAACGGACAUUUUAGUAUAUCCAUAUUCAGGAAAAAAACCCACUCCAAUAAAUGUUUAGACUUCAAAUCAUUACACCCCAUCAGCGCAAAGAUUUCAGUUGUUUCAAGUCUUCUUAGACGAGCACACUCUCUGAUAACGGAUGAGAAAGAAAAAGAAGAAGAAAUAUCAGGCAUCACUGAAACUCUCAAGCAAAAAACUACUCCAGGAACUUCAUCAACAAAAUCAACACAGACAUUAAGUAUGGCCGACAAUGCAUUCCGAAAACAUGGACAUCAACAGUCAUCAUCCCAUAUAGAGCAGAGACGUCAGAUGAUAUCAGAAGAGUACUCAAUAAGCUCGACAUUAAAGUUUUCUUCAGAACAUCAGACACACUUCAAAGCAGCCUUGUCCAUAUAAAAGACCGAAUCCCUAAAUAUUCCCUAUCUAAUUGUGUCUAUAAAAUAAAAUGCUUGGAAUGUGAUGCGAUCUACAUCGGACAAACAUCGGCAGAGAGAAAUCAAAAUCAGAAGAAAUGAACACCGUGGAACAUCUCCUCGACCACCGAUAAAUAAAUCCAGAUGAACUAGAA